AUGAGUCGCCCGCAGAGCCCUUCGCGCGGCGCCGGCUCCCACCCGGGCGGAAAGGAGGCGCGCAAGCGGGCCGCCACUCUCCUCCCGGCUCUACGAGGGCAGGCGGCCGCGGCGGGGCAUCCGAAACCACUCCAGGGCGACCGCGGGCGCGGGGGGCGCCGGCUGCUCGCUGCCUUCCCGGGCCGGCGGCGGCGCGGGGCGCGUGGACGGGCCGCUCUCCCCGCCUCCUUCUCCCGCGGCUCGGCGUCCGGCCGCUCGGGGCAGCGCCGCGCCUAG